AUGGAUCCCAGUGCCGCCUUCCGCAGCUUCCCGACACAAGAGCGGGGCAUCCUGCUCGCCAACACGUACAAGCCCCUUUCCCUCCACGCCGCCGACGUGCAGGUGCGCCUCUCCGGCAACGCCGCGCAGGUGACUCUGUCGCUUGAGUAUGUAAACGAGAUGAACAAGCUGGUGCGGGUGAUUGCAGCAUACCCGGCACCGCCUUCGUAUCAGCUACAACGUGCAACGCUGCAGGGCCCCGCGCGCGAAAUCACCGCGCGGUCGUAUGUGCAGUCACAUCCGCUGCGUUCCGUCGAGGCAGGAAGUGCGCUGCGCGCCGAACCGCUCGUAGACACGACUGUCUCCGCCGUAGCCACGCAGUCCGUGCCGUGGGACGUCAGCCCUGGUGAGUCUGUCUUGAUGAGGGCCGUCUACCACGUCCCCAUCUCGGCGACACAUCGCACCGGCGAGAUCGUGUUCACGCUGCCCGCCUCGCUGAUCCCGGCGGUGCAGCGGCCGCCGGAUGUGCAGCGAGGGUACAUAAAGUUCCUUGAUGCGCGCAGUCAGCUGCGACACCUCUCGCCGCAAGAAGGCUCCCUGCGCGUCUGCGUGGACGCGCAUCUGCUCGUGCCGCUCCGAGGCGCGGUGACGCUCGAGAAGGGGGCCGAGGUCGUGCCGGAGAUGGGCGUCACCGGCCCCAGCGUGAACGUUCACUACGUAGGCGACGCGCGCUUUCAGCUGACGUAUCACGAUGACCUCCCGAAGACAGCGUACAUGCAGGUCCCACUCUGCGUGCGUGCACCUGUUGCAGAGACGUCAGAGCCGCUGCGUCUGCACACCGUCGCCGCCUCGCCGCCGCCUACCUCUGCGCCGAGCGACCACUCCACUGCCGACGUCGCCGCGGCGAUGGUGGUGAGCAUUGCCCCAUUCCUCGCCAACUGCCCCAUCAAUGCGGAGAUCAUGUUUGUGGUGGACGUGCACAGCGCUGUCGUUGGCGCCAGAGCUGCAGAGUCGGUGAUGUCGGCGAUUGGAUCGCUGGACGGCACGGCGAGUCUCGUCAACGUGAUCCUGUGUCGCGACGCCCACCGCGGCGGGGUCGUAUCGCUGUUACCGGAUGGGUCUGUGCAGUCCUCCGCGGUGCCGCACGAAUCCAUGCUAGCCUUCAUGAAAGAAGAGGGUGUGCAGACGUCGUCCUCAAAGGGCGCAGCCACCCUCUCCCCUCACCUCCCCUCCACCCUGCACGGCAUCACCACAGGGCGCGGUAUCACCACAAGCAUCCCAGCUGGUUACGUCCGCAACGUCAUCGUCUUGUCCGACGGCGGAGGCCAACCAGUCGACGCGGACGCCGUCGCCAUGGUGUGCGAUGUAGCCAAUGCAGGUAGAGCGUGCAGAGUGCACACAGUCGCCCUCGCGGCCACAGCCGAUCACGCGGUGCUUGAGGCGCUUGCCGAGGCCUGCGGUGGCCACUUUGCGUCGGCAGCGGCGUCAGGCAGCAGCGAAGCGGCCGAGAGCGCCGUAGAUGAGGCCGUACAAGCUGCCGUCUCUGCCGCUGCUGUCCCGUGUUUGGUCGACAUCCGCACACAGUGGGAUGUAACGAGUGGCGAUAUCGCUGCGGCGCCGAGUGUACAAGCAGCAGCGGCAGCACCGUCGCCUUUACGCAUGGCCACUAGCGCAGACGGGGACAGUAUCGCGUGUAUUCCUCACGGAACGCAGCGGCUGCUCUAUGGCCUCCUCGCCUCCGAAAACUCGCAGCUGGCGGUGCGCCUCGUUGGGCGGGUAGGGGAGAUGAAGUUGGAGUACACCGCCUCCUCCGCAAUCCAGCCAUCACCGCAGUCCGACGCAGCCGAUACCGCUGCUGCCGCCGGCGCCGUGGACGAGGAAUCCGGCAGUGUACCGCCGAUGUUGAUGACUGCUGCAGCGGCGGCCCGCAUCGCCUACCUCACGCACAUCCUCCACACCACCAGCGAGGAUGAAGCACUGGAGGCCAUUGCGCUCUCCAAGCGCUACAUGCUACCAUCACCCUACACGACCCUGACAGACGGGAACAGCGGACCUGGUGGUGAGCACAAGAUUGGCGGAGUCGUGCACCUGCCUUCGAUGCAGGCGGCGGCGCACAUCGAACUCGCCAUCCGCGCUCGUCGGGUCGAGCUGCAGGCGGCUGCCGCUCUCGGAGCAUUGCGCCCGGCGUGA